AUGGUAUCCAACAGCUUCCCAGCAGCUGAACACAGCGUCAAGAUGGUUUCUGAGGAAGUAAGUGCAAUAAUCCAAGGCGAAACCCCGGUCAAGAGACCUGAUCCAGGCAGUUUUGUUCUAGAUUGUUCCAGCGUAAACCUCAUGCCACACUCUAUCGGGAUAUCCCUGGGAUAUGACGAGUUCAAACCUACCAAAAUAACUUUGGUUCUUGCCGAUACAUUCGUUAGAGUACCUGAGGGAGUACUUGAUGACGUGCCAAUAAAGAUUAACGACGGUCACGUGCCUACGGAUUUUGUUGUGCUGAAAUAUCAGAAUGAACCGAAAGUUCCCCUCAUUUUGGGUAGACCAUUUCUAGCUACAGCUGGGGCGAUCAUUGAUGUCAAGGAAGGUAAGAUAUGUCUAAACAUUGGAAACAUUCCGAUGACCUUCAACAUGGAAAGGCUAAUAAGACGACCCUUAAUCGAAAAAAUAAACUUCUUACGUGGACGAUAUCUCUGA